AUGACCGGGAUCUCAAACAACCAAGACAAUGUUAUCUUCAUCACCGGUACUUCUCGAGGUAUUGAAGAGGGCAUCGCCAGACAUUACCUCAAAGAAGGCUGGACCGUCGUCGCUGCUGUUCGCAGCCCCGAGGCGGCUCCCAGACUCGAAGGCAGAAUUAUCACUGUCAAAGCCGACCAGUCUUCUUUGACUGACUUCAAAGAUCUCAAGACUAAACACAACAUCACCCAUUUCGACAUUGUCGUCGCCAGCUCUGGUGUCGCGGCUUCCGGAGCUUUUCUCGCCCAAGCCUCUCCCACCGAGUUUGAUCACAUCUACAAAGUCAAUACCCGUGGACCUCUUGUACUCUACCAAGCCACUAGGUCGUUGUUGAAAGACGAUGGCACUUUCGUGGUCAUCUUGCUGGCCGCGGUCAACUACCUCACUCGUACCAUUCACCAUGAGGAGCCGGCUCUCAAAGCAUUCACUAUCAACCCUGGUGCGGUCGACACCAAAAUGAUUCGAGAUUCCUUGGAUGCCAUCGGCAACCCAGGUGCUGUUGAGAAUGUUGUCCCUGGCAUCGUUAAUGUGAUCAGCACCAGUACCAAGGAAGAGAACUCUGGGUGGAUGUGGAACAAGUGA